AAAAUUGGUACAAAAAGUUUUUUUUACAUAUCAAAAUGAUAACCAAAAUCGUACUUAUAAACUUUUUGCCCAAAUAAAACAAAUUUUACAAAUCUGCAGGAUGCCAAUUAUGCUGAAAUCCUCAAAUUGUGUUCUGAGCGGCAAAUCCGAGUACGAAUUAGCAAAAAUGAAUGAAUGCCCAUUGGACCCAGGUGGAUAUUUUGUCGUGAAAGGACAAGAAAAAGUUAUUUUGAUCCAAGAACAGUUAACAAAAAAUAGAAUGUUGGUGGAGGAAGGAAAAUAUGGCGUGCAGUGUCAAGUGACCAGUUCUACCCACGAAAAGAAGUCCAGGACCAAUGUAUUUGUCAAAGGAAAUAAGUAUUAUGUGGGACAUAAUACUUUCACAGAUCCUAUCCUAGUCUCUAUAGUAUUUAAAGCUUUAAACAUCAUAAACGACCAAGAAAUAUGUGAACUGAUAGGAAUAAAUGACAUCCACAAAUUGACUCCCACUCUUGAAGAAUGCCACAACCUGAAGAUCUAUACACAAGAGUCAGCGUUAGCGUACUUAGGAACCAAAUUGGUCGUAAAGAGAUAUGUUACGUCAGCAUCAAAGAUGAAAACGCCUGCUGAUGAAGCUCGAGAUUUACUGGCAACUACUGUUCUGGCUCAUGUACCUGUAGAAGAAUAUAAUUUUAGACUCAAAGCUAUUUAUUUAGGACUGAUGAUAAAGAAAGUGAUCGAAGCACAAAAUGACAGCCAGCUACUAGAUGACAGGGACUAUUACGGUAAUAAAAGGUUGGAAUUGGCUGGUUCCCUUAUUUCUCUAAUGUUCGAAGACGUGUUCAAAAGGUUCAACUGGGAACUGACUGCCAUAGCAGAAAAGACCAUUCCCAAGAUUAGAGCUACACAGUUUGAUGUCGUCAAAUACAUGAGAUCUGAUUUAAUUACAAGUUGUUUGGUGUUUGCCAUAUCUGACGUACGAGAGGAUGUGAUUUAUGACUUGACAAGUUGUAAUGACUUUGAAAUAAAGAACGAGCAGUUUAUGACUAUCAUUAUAAUAUGUUCUUGGCAUUUUUUUAAGGGAAAUUGGACAAUUAAACGUUUCAGAAUGGAACGGUUGGGAGUUACUCAAGUUCUUUCGAGACUCAGCUACAUUUCUGCGUUAGGUAUGAUGACUAGAGUCAACUCUCAGUUCGAAAAAACUAGAAAAGUAUCGGGACCAAGGUCUCUGCAGCCUAGCCAGUGGGGAAUGUUGUGUCCAAGCGAUACACCUGAAGGAGAAGCUUGUGGUUUAGUAAAAAAUUUGGCCUUGAUGACUCACAUUACCACAGAAGUCGAUGAAUACCCCCUGAUUAGACUGGCCCGAAAUGCUGGAGUCCAAGACAUUAAUAUGGUUGCUAGUUUUGCUAUCCAUUCGCCUUCAACGUAUAUUGUAUUUCUAAAUGGUAAUAUCUUGGGUAUCACGAAAAACUACAGGAAACUAAUAAAAAUAUACAGGAUGACCCGCCGAAAAGGCUUUAUAUCUGGAUAUGUCUCGAUUUAUCCAAGCCAUCUGCACAAAUGCGUAUAUAUCAGUUCGGAUAGCGGGCGUUUGUGCAGGCCCUACAUCAUAGUGGAAAAUGGAAUACCUCUCGUCAACGAUAAACAUAUUUUAGAACUCGAAAAAGGUAUGAGAGGUUUCGAAGACUUUCUACAGAACGAUUCACUUAACAGUACUUGUCUGUCAUUUUUAGGACUUAUCGAGUUUCUGGAUGUAAAUGAAGAAAACGAUAGCUAUAUAGCCUGUUACGAAAAGGAUAUAACGUUGCAAACUACCCAUCUAGAAAUAGCAACUUUUACCUUACUGGGAGUAUGUGCGGGGUUGGUACCAUAUCCACAUCACAAUCAAUCUCCAAGAAAUACUUAUCAGUGUGCUAUGGGAAAACAAGCCAUGGGAACAAUUGGCUACAACCAAAAAAAUCGUAUGGACACUCUCCUUUAUAACCUCGUAUACCCGCAAGCACCCAUGGUAAAAACUAAAACCAUAGAACUAACGAAUUUCGAUAAGCUGCCGGCCGGUCAGAACGCCACUGUAGCCGUAAUGAGCUACAGUGGUUACGAUAUCGAAGAUGCCCUCAUUUUGAACAAAGCUUCUAUCGACAGAGGGUUCGGCAGAUGUCUAGUCUACAAGAACUCCAAAUGUAUCAUGAAGCGGUACCCAAACCAAACGUUUGACAGGAUUCAAGGACCGAUGCUGGACGCAACUACUGGUCAACCUGCGUGGAAGCACAACUGCUUGGACAAUGACGGAAUUGUCGCUCCAGGAGAGUUGGUUCAAAGUAGACAGGUCCUCAUCAACAAAUCUGUACCAACAGUUUCAGCGGUUCCUGGUAGUUCCAAUACCUCUGUAGAGUAUAAAGAUACUCCAGUCACAUACAGAAACGAUGAACCCAGUUAUAUAGAAAAGGUGUUAAUUAGCACAAACGAGGAAGAUACUACGUUAAUGACAGUUGGUAAAUUAAUAGAAUUGUUAGCAGGAAAAGCUGGGCUUGUCGAAGGUAAAUUUCACUACGGAACGGCUUUCGGUGGAUCCAAAGUAUCGGACGUAAGCGAGGAGUUGGUCAAGCAUGGAUUUAACUAUCAAGGAAAAGAUAUAUUUUAUUCUGGUAUAACGGGCGAGCCUCUCGAAGCUUAUAUUUACUCAGGUCCCGUUUAUUACCAAAAAUUGAAGCAUAUGGUUCAGGAUAAGAUCCAUGGGAGGGGCCGAGGACCGAGAGCUGUUUUAACCAGACAGCCCACAGAAGGAAGAAGCCGAGACGGAGGUCUUAGGUUGGGUGAAAUGGAGAGGGAUUGUCUUAUCGGCUACGGAGCAAGAGAUAUUCCCAAAACUUUUACAGCUAUCACAAAAUUUCCAUUUGUACAUAACCUACAAAAACCUAUUUUAUUAAGUAUUCAUAAAAGUGUUUUAGCUGUAAGUUUACUAACUUGGUUGGGGUUUGCAAAAGACGACGAAAAAAAGGAAUCAGAAUUAAUAAUGACCUUAAAGAGAGCUGUGCUUUGUAUGCAGAGAGAACAGUUCGAAAAAGCAGAGCAAAUGCUUCAUCUUGCAUUGAGAAUAGCACAACAGCAACAAAAUGAACAAGGUAUAGUUUAUUGCUACGAUUUAAUGGCAAAUUUAGCAUUUGAACAACGAGAUUUAAAUAAAGCACAUAAAUUAUUUGUAAUUCACAUAAGCUUAAAACUAGCCAGAAUAUGCCAAUUAGUGGCUGAAAUAGAACAAGCUGACAUUGGUUAUAAAUGGUGCCUGGAACAAAUUAACAAGAAAAAAGUAGAGUCAGUUGAUAGCAAAGUACUAUAUGGAGUCAUAAAUGACUGGUAUGCUCAAUUCUUAUUAGAUAAAGGAGACGUCAACAAAUCUUUAGUCCAUCUUAAAGAAGCUCAUAAAAUAUGUAGUGAGAUCAGCGAAGAUAUGGUGAAUGCAGAAAAGUAUUUAAAAGAAGCUGUUAGUAUAGGACAGCAGCUUGAAGACAAAUCAAAUUUAGGAGUUGUACAGGCCAAUUUAGGCUUAGUUUUACUGGAAAAGGGCAUUGUGGAUUUAGCUGAAAAGAAUUGCAAAGAGGCAUGGCAUUUGGGAAGAAAACAUGACAACAGUGAAUCUAUUAACCAGGCCAGUUAUUGUUUAGACCAAAUAAAGAUGAAUUUAGAAGAAAAGAGUAAGAAAGUGCCAGCAUAGUCUAAAUAUUUUAUAUUCUUCAGUAUUUUUGUUUGAAGUAAAUGUUGUUUUUUUUUUUAAAUAAAUUAUUUUAUAUUUUGA